AUGUCUGCAUUAAAUACCUCGAACGAGACAAGAGCUCAAUCCUCGAGCGAGGAGCCAAUGCCAGACUUUCUUGCGGAAGCACAAACGGCACCGGAGGUUCUUACAGAGCAGAACUUCGGCACCGCAUUGCUGCUGGCGACCCGAACCGUUCGUAUGAGAGACGCAGUAAUUCAUGAGCAAAUCGAGAAGAUCGUGAGUCUUGCCAAAACUAGUAGCGAAUUUACCCCUGGCUUGAAAAGAUUACCAACCAAACCUUGCUCACAGGGACGCCUUGAGGAUAAGAUCCUCGACAAGGAUGAUGAAAUCCACGAUUUGUGGGCAGAGAGCCAGCAGAAGGGAAGAACGAUUGAAAGAAAGGAUCGGGAGCUUGCGGAGAAGGAAGUCGAAGUUGUUGCGUUGAGGACAAUGCUUAACGAGUUGAGAGCCAAGGAAGAGGCGAAGGUUGGUGGUGGCAAGGGUGAGAAAAGCACCAAGCGAAGACGAUGCAAUUAG